UAUCUCUUGCCCUAAAAGCCAUGCCAGCUGUAACAGCUACGCCGUGACACGGCAGGCUAGGCCUGUGAGAUAAAACGUCACCAGCUGUGUAACUCCCCACCACGUAGCUGUGAAUCGCACCCGCCUGGGCAGCAGAGGCCUGCAGUGCCCUUGCUGAAUGGCACUGGUUUCUGGUGGGAGCCAGCAGGGAGGUGGCAGCGGUAGAUGGAGGAUGGCAGCACCCCAAGUGCCCCAUCCUCCCCGUUAGCCUGCCUGGGGGCCUUCUGCAUCCUUCGCCGCCUCCCCGUGCUGCCACCCUCGCACACAGGCGGGGAAGGAGCCGGCAGCAGGGCCCUGCCGGGGACCACGCGGCACCGCCGGCCAUCACCACCCCGCUCCGGCCCAGCACCGCACGAGCAGCCCUCCCUCACGCCGCCGUGGUGGAGAUGAACUGGGUCGGGGGCAGCCGGAGCAGAAUUAUGCUGAAGCAGGAAAGGCGAAAGCAAAAGGAAUUCUUUGAAAAGAAGAAACUUAAAUCAAAGAUGAAGCUUCUGGGAGUAUCAUCAUCUCCUAAAAGUUCAGCAGUCAGUUUAGAUCUCCUCAAUCUGUAUGUUGUUAACGAGAUAUCAACCAAAAAGGACAAUGCUGAGAGCGCGAGGAAACCAGUUCACAUUAAUAUGACUGGAGGCAUAAAAAUACCUGUUAGAAGACACAACAUAGGACUUCCCAUGUCACCACCACGUACACAAUAUACGUCAAACUUGGAUGACAUCCAGAACAGGCUACAAAAACGAGUAUUGGACAGCAGAAGGCAGCAUCUUUCAGAGAAAGUAAAAUACCAGCAUAAUUUAUCACAAGUUACAGAAUUAACUUAUGCUGACUCUGGUAUGGAAUAUGAAGAUGACACUGCAACAGCCUUUAGUGGCUGUCCACUGUCCUCUUCGGUUUUUUGGUCUUCUAACUGUGCACAAUCUUCAAAAGAAAAUUUCAACACAAACUUAAUGUUUUUAAUGAACCCUUGGGAACAGACCUAUGAGGAGAAGCAGGAAAAACAGGCAGGAAAUAUUUCUGAUCGAGACCCUUGGAUUUCAAACACCCCAAGCCAGUGUAUCUUCAGGAAGUCUGGUACAGUGCUUCAGGAACUGUUUAAGCCAUUGAGUAGGCCAGACUAUAUGAAUUUUGCCAGCAAAAAUCCAGUGAUAAUCACCAGUAAAGAACCAGAACGUAUCAAAAGAAUAAAUGAGCCAUUUUUUGGUGUUGUGAAAGAAACUGCAGAACUGAUACCUUCCCAAGAUGAACAUGAUUGUUCCUUUCUGGCAAUGUUUGAAGAUGAGAGCCAACCAGUCUAUAAUAAUCUUGCCACAAGGCAUUUUAAUCUUUUUGUUAACCAAAGCAGUACUGCCAAUUUUUUCGUUGAUCCUGAUGACAGAAAUCAAAUGACCAACAGAAGUUUUACUUAUGAUACUAGAGAGGUUCAUCCUGCAGUUAGUGCAAAGAGACGUUUUGUAGACAGAUACCUUAAAGGCAUUUUCACAGCUCCGGAACAGGUUUUAUUUAAAAGUAACAAUGCCUCAAGUCCAAGCUACAAGGAAAACGGAGAAUCUCUUAAAACCUACCUGCAGGACUAUCACAAGAGACAGUACUACUUUGUGCCCUCUGAAAAUAAAGAAAACCCUGCAAAACUUGAAAAAAAUGAGGCAUUUACUUAUCACCAUGAUCAGCAGAUGGUUAACUUAAAGGAAAAUGUGCAGAACCACUCGAGAACAAAGAGUGACAACUCAGACGUGAAAGAAUCAGCUUGGAGACAGGACCAGCUCUUUGGAUUUGAAGAGAUCGCAAUAACACAAGAGAAAGAGUAUGUGUUUGGAAUGAGUCCAAACCUUCAUGAGCUGGAGAAGGCUUAGUACCCAAUUUUUUCAGACAUGGAAUCAUCACUGAACAGCCAGUCUCCCAGUUACUAUCCUAGGCAGAUGGACAGCUGUUUCAGCUCUAGUCAUGAUAUGUGUGAAGAGGAAGACACAGCUGACAAGAAGGAAUAUCUCAAUGAACAGUUCUUCCAGACAGACGAUGCCAAUCUAACCUCAGCCUCAGCAAGCACAGAGCCCCCCAAGACCUCUCAGACUGGAACGGUGCCUCUCCAUCCCAGCAGGCGUUUGACUAUGGAAGAAUCCAACCAUCUUCGACAGAAAGACCCUAUUUCACCACCCAUAGAGGAGGAAAAUAAAGACCACACUGCUCCGCCUGAGAGCAGCUCACUACAGCAAGCCCUGAAAAGAGAGCAGCUCACUCACAGUACCAGGUGCGAUGUUUGCUCACAGACCGAGAGCUCUGUUACAGAAGUAAGAAAAGUGGAUGUUGCCACCCAGUGUGGCACCGUGCAGCUGUGCAGCCGUGGGAGCUCCUGCCCCUGUGCCCGCAGCGCCAAGGGGCUCCCUCCUCUCAGUACCGCAGGCGCUGCUGGAGGGCACAAAAUGCCAGCACAUGCAGCGCGCCGGCCUGCGGGCACAGGCAGUGCGGCACGAAUAGCAGCAUUUGCUUCUGAAGCUGAGUAUCUCAGCUUGGCUUACAGUACGACCCUAAAGGUUCUGAACUACGUUCAUAUAAUGAAGGAGAGAGAAAAAUAGUGACCAAUUAGAGUGGCAUAUAAAGUGUAUAGAGGGGAUACUUUAAAGUUUUGUCCUGUUCUUAGUGUGUUUCAUCUAGUUGGCAUAUUUGGAUUUUUUUCAGUUUGGGUAGACAAAGUAUUUUUGGUUGUUUGCUUACAAAUUAUUAUUAACUAUGUAUCUCUAUCUAGCUACUACUAUACCCAUGGGUUACUAUAGAUGUCUAACUGCUAACAUAGGAUUUUACAACAGCUUAGUGAAAAUAAAUGUUAGGAAUUAAAAUUGGCUUCCCACCAGAGACCUAUAGGACUUUUGUAGUUUGAGAAUGACCUUGCUUUUCUUGAAGGCAAUGGAAAGAUUCUAGAGUUCUGACUUCAAAAGACAUUUGAUAUGGCCUUUGCUUCAGAGCUAUUAUCUUACCUGCUUUAGUACACAAACUAGCCUAUACCGUACAUUCAUACUAAACAUAAAAAUGAGAACCAACAGAGAAUGCAUAUCUGUGCACAUAGAAUAAAAUGUAAUUUAAAAAGAAUGAAUUUAUUAGUUUUUAAGAAAAUUCCCAAAUGCAUAAACUUCCUCCCGCAGCAGGAUUGAUUCAUUAUCUAACUGUUAAUACAGACUAAUCUUUUCUGUGUUUCUGUAUUUUGCCUGCAGAUUAGAAAUGUGAAACGAUUUCUUCUUUGGUUCAGUAUUUGCGUAAAGCUACAAAUCUCAACAAAUAAAAGU